GGGUUCCUUACACAUGAGCGGCCUCAUCCGAAGCCAUCUCGCACGAACAGAAGAGAACUCACCAGUAUACCGAGAUCCAAGAAGAUCUAACCUUCGAAGUUAGGGUCGGCCAAGAAUCUUCUUCGUACCACCACCACGGUACCUACCAGCUGCAUGAACACACCUGUAUCUCGGAUCACGAAUUGGUCCUUGCAGGGCAAUGGUCCUCCUAACCUCCUCGACCGUCUCGGUCAUCAUCUCUAGCGGUGUAAUCUGCAUGUUUACAUUCCUGCUAUUCCUCUCGGGAUACGUGCUACAACAGCAGUCGGUACGGUCGAUACAAGAAGCCAUUCGAAGACCACCCGAACGAAAGCCAGUGCCGACAUUGCCCCCUCAGUUCCAACAUGAAGACAAUGAUACUUUCCCGACAGUGUUGGAACCUCCCCAAGAUGGCUCGCAGUCUGUUAUGGUCGUCGAGGGUAAUCAGAAGCCAGGAAGCGAAGCAGGAGUGUUGGACUCGGUCCAGGUGCCAGUAAUCAUCAAUGGCCAGAAUCAACCUCCCUUGGACUCUUCUCCAGAACUGUCCGAAGCAGCUUCGAGAGACGAAACGCCGCUCCAACGUCUCGCCUACAUGUUUGCCCUCCUUGAGCCACACCAUCUGUGCUCGGCUCUCCUUUUUGCGAAACAGCAGCGGUCAUCAUCACGGUUGUCCAAAGAACCGUCGAUCGUACUCCUCUACCCAUCCACAUGGGAGACGGAAUUUUCUCCUCUCCACACCUCAACCUUGAAUUUCAUGCGCGAGAUCCAGGAGCUGCACAGCCUCAUCUAUCACCCAGUAAGGAUAUACGAAGCAUGGGACGUCAGGUCGCAAUUACUCGGGGAGCUGCAGUGGGGGCGGUGGGAUUAUGAUCAGGCAUUGUUCUUGCGUUCGCCGGGAAUGGCUCUCAAUACCCAGGUGCUGGACACCGCAUUGGCGUCUCCCGACACAAGAAAGACGUGGGCACCAUUGAAUCCAUCCUCGGGAGAUGAUCCAGAGCUCUUGCUUGUCACUCCAAGCGGUCUUCAGAGCCCGAGAAGGGAAACCAAGAAGCUGGUCUAUUCGGCGGCCGCAAAUAUAGCCGAUACUGGUGCCAACGGCGCGGCCAUACGGGAACCGGGUCAGGAACCCGCUUAUGUGUUGCUUGAUGGUCAAGUUUUGAGCAAUGAAGAAAACGGUGUAUGGUACGGCGAAAUAAAGCAGAAGUUCGGCCAGGGGACAAGCAAUGUUUGCGGAGGUAGCGGGCUCUUGGAAGAGAGCUUGAAAUUGGCGUUGCAAAGGUCUCUGUAGAUAGUAAGCACAAGUGGCUAUUUAAUGACGGGAAUAGAAAUGCCAGAUACCAU